AUGGGUGAUGAAGACUUGGACGAAUAUCCAAGUGCAGUAAAGCUGAUCAGUAGUCCGGCAUCACCGCACUUGGCUGAGUUCUCCCAGGAGGCGGCCACUGCUUCGCUCGUUGCCUUUGAUGUCCAGUGGAACCCAGACUUCGAGGAAGGGAGUGACAACCCGGUGGCACUUUUACAGCUGGCUUUUCCCACAUCUGGUAGUACCUAUGUACUGCAGCUGCCGUUGAUGGGUGCUGUUCCGGAGUCAGCUCAAAAGCUCUUUGAGAGCUCGAAGGUGCUGACGGUUGGAUUUGCAACCUCCUUCGAUAAGCAUAAGCUUGAGAUCUCCGGAGUGAAGGUUGACAAGAGUACUUUGAUUGAUGUUCAACCCUGGUGCGAAGCAGAGAUGGGCGAAAACUCCAGCGUGCGUCAGGGAUGGCGUGUGGGCUUGAAGAGGGCAGCGCGUUGCGUACUGGAUUUUGAGUUGGAGAAGACCUGUACCAUGGCGUCUUCCAACUGGGAGCGACAAGAACUGACGACAGCACAGGUCGAAUACGCUGCGAUGGAUGUUUGGGUGGCUUUAAGACUGUACCAGCAAUUAGCACCAGUCUAUGGUGCAGCUGUUGGGAAGCGUCAGAAGACAAUGUACUACCGUCAGAUCCUGCCCAUUUUUAGCAUUUUCAAGCAGUGCUGCCCCAGCACCUUCGAUCAGAUCGACUAUGCCCAGCGGAAGCGGAACAACAUUGGCGAGCUGAUAGAUGAGACCCUCGAGAUUUUUGAGAUCCAUGGCGGAGAGGAUGCUUUCAUCAACAUCAAGUACAUGAUCCCCACCUACGAGUCCUGCAUGCUCGGAUGA